GGGAUUUGAGGUGUAUUUAUUCUGUCGUGGUGAACAGUUGGUGCCGCUUGCCUGCUUGUGGCAGAGCAGCAACCAUGAUUCAUGUUUCAGUUAUCAGGUAACUGACUUCAGCUCUUUGGGUCAUUUUCUCAUGUUCCGGAACGUGAUUCCCCCCCCCCCCCCCCGCCUUUGGGAGCUUUAAGGGCUGUGCGCUCCUCCUCGAGUGGCCCCGUCUGUACUUAAGUAGGGAAACUCAAGGGAGGAGACAGGGGCCCUCUGGCAGCCUCUCUUCACUCCCUCUCUGAUCUUCCUAGUUGCCCAUUCACCUGCUGGAGACAGUGCCCCCUCUGUCUGUCUGUCUGUCUGUCUGUCUCUCUCUUUCCUUUUCUCUCUGAACUUUUUUGGUUAUAGAAACUUCCUACCCACAGAAAUAGAGACACCUAUAGAAUGAAUACCCACAGGUGCAGAGGACUUGAGAAAGUCUCCCCAUUCUUUUUAAGCAAAUCCCAGAAGCUGUUAUAGUACAGUAGGUAAUUAUUUCAGCAUCACUCCUCCUUAAUCCCCUAAUCCCCUCCAGCUCUCAUCCCUCACACCCAUCAUUGGCUGACCUCUCCCCUCAACACUACCCUGGGAAAGUAGAAAGUAGAUCCCUCCUUGUUUCCUUCUUGUCUCUCAGAGAACAGCACCCUUUUCCUCAAAUGUAAAGUUUAGUUGUGAUAGCCAGGAUCCCAGGCUGGCUUUCAGUGCCCUUUAACAUCUACUGUAAUUGUGACAGUGUUCUGUGAUUAUCUACCUACCUACCUACCUAUCUAUCUAGUACAAUUUCCCAGCAUUUCCUCUAUAUUAUGCUUGAAGUAGACGUUGUGGACUAUAAACUCACCCUUACCGCUGCUGGGAGUCUAGGAACAUAGCCCCCUCUUUUUUCACACAGAAACAAACCAACGAGAAGGAGAGCAGGGAAAAACAAGCAAACCAAACCACAAUAAAGAACUGUCUAUCUUGACCAUGCAGGAGCCACGCUGUUCCCCCAGAGCCAGCUUACAAGCUUCACUAAAGAUCUCAUGGAAAAUGUUUAUGGUAAUCCUCACAGCCAGAACAGCAGCAGCAGGCUCACCCGUGACACGGUGGAGCAGGUGCGCUACAGGUGAGCAGCAGAGGUGCCAACUUGUGUGGCACCUGUGGGUGGAUGGACUUCCUGCCCCCUGCCCACAUCCCACAAAUCUUCUGAGCUGGUUUCAGGAAGAUCACGUGCAGCUAAAUGGCCACACAUGCACGCUGAUAACCAUCAGGGUCAGAGGACAGGAAGGUGAGGCUGAGCAGGUGCAGGGCGGGGCCGACCAGAAGCACAGGAUCCUGGCACACUUCCACACCUCCCCAGAGGACUACACUGUGAUUUUCACGGCCGGGAGCACAGCUGCUCUUAAACUGGUGGCAGAGGCUUUCCCGUGGGUGCCCCCAGGCCCAGGAAGCAGCGGGAGUCACUUCUGUUACCUCACUGACAGCCACACGUCUGUGGUGGGCAUGAGGGAGGUCGUCGCGGCCAUGAACAUCACUUCCAUCCCAGUCAGGCCAGAGGACAUGUGGCUGGGGGAAGAACAGGAUGCUACCGCUGCCAGCGACCCCGACGGCCAGCCUCUGCAUCUCUUCUGCUACCCAGCUCAGAGUAACUUUUCCGGGACCAGGUACCCCCUGUCCUGGAUAGAAGAGGUCAAGUCCGGGCGGAUGUGCCCCGUGGGCGGGCCUGGGAAGUGGUUCGUGCUGCUGGAUGCGGCUGCCUACGUGGGCACCUCGCCUCUGGACCUGUCGGUUCACCGGGCAGACUUUGUCCCCCUCUCCUUCUAUAAGAUCUUUGGCUUCCCCACUGGCCUGGGCGCCCUGCUGGUGAAUAGCCGCUCAGCUCCUCUGCUGAGGAAAACCUACUUUGGAGGAGGCACGGCCGCUGCAUACCUUGCAGAAGAAGACUUCUAUACCCCCAGAGAGUCGGUGGCUGAAAGAUUUGAAGAUGGUACCAUCUCCUUCCUUGACGUGAUAGCGCUAAAACAUGGAUUCGAUGUCUUAGAGCGCCUCACAGGUGGAAUGGAGAACAUCAGGCAGCACACCUUUACCCUGGCUCGGUACACCUACGCCGCCCUGUCCACCCUUCGGUACCCCAACGGAACCCCUGUCGUGCAGAUUUAUAGCGACUCUGAGUUCAGCAGCCCAGAGGUUCAGGGUCCGGUCAUCAGCUUCAACGUGCUCGAUGACAAUGGGAACAUCAUUGGUUACUCCCAGGUGGAUAAAAUGGCCAGUCUUCACAACAUCCACGUGCGAACCGGCUGCUUCUGUAACACUGGGGCCUGCCAGAGACACCUGGGGAUAAGUGAUGAGGUGGUCAAGAAGCAUCUUCAGGCUGGUCAUGUCUGCGGUGACGAUGUGGACCUCAUAGAUGGGCAGCCGACGGGAUCUGUGAGGAUUUCGUUUGGAUACAUGUCUACGCUUGAGGACGCCCAGGCCUUUCUCAGGUUCAUCAUAGCAACCCGACUGCGCCCGUCUCAUGGCCAGCCUCUCCCUCUGGCCACGCCUGGGGAGGCUGGAGCCCUGGCAGCAGAGAGCGAAGCUCAGAAAGCCGUGCCUGCCACCAGGGCCAGACGUAGUCCCUCACCUCAGGAAGAUGCUUCCCCAGACCCCAGGGUUUGGGACAACGCACCCACCACUGUGGAUGCUGUGAGUUUGCGCCCACCUCUGCUGGAGACCACCAGAACCCAGCAGACCCCUCCAGAGAAAGCUGCAGGCAUGCUGGAUGGGGGCCUUGGGUCACACAUCGUCACCAACCUUUUCCUCUACCCAAUCAAAUCCUGUGCCGCAUUUGAGGUGACCAGGUGGCCUCUAGGAAAUCAAGGGUUGCUGUACGACCGGAGCUGGAUGGUUGUGAAUCACAACGGUGUUUGCCUGAGUCAGAAGCAGGAACCCCGGCUCUGCCUGAUCCAGCCCUUCAUUGACCUGCAGCGAAGGAUCAUGGUCAUCAAAGCCCAAGGGAUGGAGCCUAUAGCGGUGUCGCUUGAGGAGAACAGCAAACCGGCUCAGAUUUGCCAAAGCAAGGUCUGUGCGGACAGGGUAAAUACUUAUGACUGUGGAGAAAAAAUUUCAAGCUGGUUGUCAACGUUUUUUGGCCGUCCAUAUCAUUUGAUCAGACAAAGUUCAGACUUUCAAAGAAAUGCAAGGAAGAAACGAGGCAAAGAUCAAUCUGCUUGUACAACAGCCACCCUCUCUCUGGUGAAUGAGGCACAGUAUCUGCUGAUAAACAGAUCCAGUGUUUUGGAACUUCAGCAGCAAUUAAGCACCAGCAAAGAUCUGCUCACCCAUUGCACUGCCUCUUGUGGGCUUCUCCAUGGAGAUGGGACCAUAUUCCAGGGAGAUCACGGAAGUCUGUCCAACAGAUGUGAGUCUCUUGGCCUUGCACUCAUGAUAAAGGCUUGUUCUGAUCAUCGAAGCCUCAGUGAUGAGAAUGGAAAGGAAGAAUUAUUCCCAGUGAACAAUCUCAUCUCACGUUUCCGUGCCAAUAUUAUUACCAGUGGAACAAGGGCUUUUGAAGAAGAGAAAUGGGAUGAAAUUUCAGUUGGUUCCUUGCAUUUCCAGGUUUUGGGACCUUGUCACAGAUGCCAGAUGAUUUGCAUCGAUCAGCAAACUGGGCAGAGAAACCAAAAUGUUUUCCAAAAGCUUUCUGAGAGGCGAGAGAGAAAGGUGAACUUUGGGCUGUACCUGAUGCAUACCUCUUUGGAUUUAUCUACUCCAUGUUACCUGUCUGUAGGAUCUCAGGUGCUCCCUGUGUUGAAAGAAAACAUAGAACACUAUGGUUUACCUGCUUCUGAGAAACAGCAGGAAGUUAUCUCCUAAAGUUUUUUUCAGCAUACAUUAAAAUGUCUCUUUUACAACUAUC